CUCCACGCCGCGGCCUUGACUUCUCUGAAGGGCGAGGUCAUCGAGCUGAAGAACCACAUGCACCGGCUGACCUCUGACAGGAACUUGUUGGACCCACAGAAACAGAACCACCCGGAGAACAAGCUGGGCCCCUCCGACUUCGAGGACAGACUGGAGCAACUGACGUCACGCUACGAGGAGAGGAUCAUUGAGCUACACAGUGUGAUCGCAGAGCUGAGGAAGAAACUAGAGAGACAUCAGAUCAACGUUAUCAGAGAGGAGGAGGAGUACGAGGAGUCGGAGCAGGGCCAGAGCACACGCAGCAACGACGGAGAAAGUCUCAACGAGAAAGAUGAGAACGCCGAGAUUUGCCAGGAGUUCAGCCGGGUGGUCUCGGAGAUCCAAACUGCCAUGGCGGCCAAACCUCUGGAGACGCCGCCCAGUGGAGGUCGGGAGGAGGAUGAGGAGGAGAGGAGGAGGAAGGCAUCACAGGAUGUGCCGAGAGAGGAGGGGGAGGAGGGGGAUCAGUCCGACCCGGCCAAACCCUCGCUGUCGGAAACCCCCGGCUCAGAACCACCCCCCGAACUCCCCCCGCGGGCCGCUCGACCUUGCACCCUGCCCCACGGCAACUCCAGCGCAACCUUCACCCUCGAUCCCCAGGCCAGGUCGGAGGUGGGCGUGCUGCAGGCGGACAACGAGGAGCUGCGACGACAGACGAGUCAGCUGGAGGUGGAACUGGGUCACAUGGCCGGCAAGAUGGCCGCCGUGGUGCGGGAGAAAGAGGCUCUCAUCGGCAAGGUGUAUGACCUUCAACAACACCUGCAGACUGUCACUUCGGCCACGAGCCCCUCCCACAGUCGCGUGGCCACGCCCACCAAACAGACAGUGACCCCUCCCCCUCCGGCAGACAGGAGGGGAUCAGAGCAGGACAACUUCCCCGUGGCAAAGAUAGCCGAGCUGAAGAAACUGAGGACCUGCGUGGGUGAUAUGCAGGGAAUUCUGGGCUCAGAGGUGGCCAUGAUGGGGGUGAGU